AUGGGAGCAUCUGUAUCCAAGUCUACAACUUCUAAACGCCAUCUGCAAACUCUCUAUGAUAAACAGCCAAAGAGAGCAUCCAUCAUCUCUCCUUCUUCCUCAAAGAUUGAGCCUUCCGAGUACAUUGACACUCACAACAAGAAAAAGAAGAAGAGCAAGUUUUAUACUCGCAAGAGCAAGAAACAAGAUGUCAGUAAAAGUAUUAUAGGAAGGCCUACUAAUUUCAUACAUUUGAAUCAUGCUGGCAUUGACUAUACAUCCAUGGAUACUUUAUUCAUACCAAUUGAGGAAGCCCAGCUCUUAAAAAUCAGUACGGCAAACAAAAGGCUCUCCAAAGUGGGUGUGGAGUCCAUGUCUAAAAACAACUACAGCAGUAACCGCAAUAUCAGCCUCACAAUGAAAGAUUAUACUAAUUUCAAAAAUUUAACACUGAUGUCAGAGCGAGAAGCUUCAAGAAAUGGCGGACAAGGCGCUGGUAGCCUUAAGAGAAAGCCAAUUAACUAUGCAGCACUCUUCUCUGAUGAGCUCUACAUAAUGACACAUGAGCACAACGCCAACAGCUUUCCUACUGCAAGCCCAGCUACUACUAGUGUUGUGUAA